AUGACCCGCGGUAGCCAACGCGAGUUCGCCCGCCAGAAGAAUCUGAAAAAGCGGAGCGCCUCGGUUAAGAGAAAGCGCCGAGCUGACGGGCUUUGGGCGGCCGCCCGCAAGCGGAGGGACUCGGAGAUCAAGCAGCAGAAGCAGAAAAACGCAAACGAGAAGGAGGAACCCAAGUAG